AUGUCUGGACCCUCGGGAGUAGGCAUUGAGUGCCACGACCUCCAGUCAAACCCCCGCUUUCUCUUCCGCCAGCCACGGGCGCUGCAGUGGUUCGAGAACGGGAGGCUGGUGAAGCGCUCGGAGGAUGAACGACAAGCAGGUCGAUUCGAGCUGUUCCUCGACUUGCUGUAUGUUGCGAUCCUAUCGAACUUUGCGGAUACCCUGGUGGAAGAUAUCUCCGGUGCGAAGCUUGUCAAGUACAUUCUAAUUUUAUCGCCGUCAUGGCAUGUGUGGAGCGACCUGCGCGAACUCAUGAACUCGUUCUACAACGAUGACCUCUUCCAACGAGUGCUCAUCCUGUGGGUCAUGGCUACUCUGGUCAUCUACGGUAACAACGCUCCCCUCGUCGACGAAGACAUUGGCGCAAUGCGCUCUGCGGUCGGAGCUUAUAUGGUCGCUCGGAUAACAUGCAACCUCGCCCAUCUAUACUAUUCGUUUGCGAGCUAUCAUCAUCGUGCCCAGCAGCGGCUCUGGGUGGGGCUCUCCACUCUCUGUCUCUGCAUCUAUAUUCCACUAUACUUCGAGUCGGUCUCUAUUCGCAGCAAAAUUGCGACCGCAGCUGUUGCCAUUUUUAUGGAAGAGUGUACGUGGAUUUUCUGCUAUUGCCCAGCUGCGAAGAAGCUUCUUCGCGCGACAUACACCACCGCCGUGGAUAUCAACCACGAAGUGGACCGAUACGCAGCGUUCUACAUUAUCGCCCUGGGCGAGUUUUUGUACCUGAUUAUCGUUGGAUCCCAUGCCGCGAUCGGCCUGAAUGAUCGCCUUCUGCGUGCGAUCUGGACCCUGAUUAUUGCCUUCUGUCUGAAUUGGCUGUAUGUCCAUAACGACGGUUCCGUUCAGAACGACCAUCCUUUGCGACACAGCAUCUACACGGCCUUUGCAUUUGCCUUGAUUCACCUCCCGCUUAUUGCUAGUCUGCUAGCUGGUGGUCACGUUGCUGCGGCAUCAGUGGCCGAGCACGAAUUUGAAGAGCCCCAGCGAUGGCUACUAUGCGCAGGUCUUGGUGUUGGAAUGAUCUGCCUGUAUAUCUUUGCAUUAAUGCACGGAUCAAAAGAUGAGCGUGGGACCCUGAUCCUGGAUAAGCCCCUCCGCUUGAUCAUGCGACCUGUCACUGGUAUCAUUAUGAUUCUCUUGCCUCUUGCCAGACAUCUCGGUGCCACCUCGAUUCUAUCUAUUAUCAUGGCCCUUAUCGUUUUCUGCACUCUUUGGGAAACCAUCGCGUCAUUGCGGAAGGGAGCUUGCUUCUGGGAACGAUGGGAAGAUACCCAGUACCCCGAGAAGACCCUGAUUAGGGGCGAUACUGCAAAGCAUGAAGAGGCCUCUGGACCUUAG